AUGGAGGCCGAAGAGUCGGAGAUGGGAGUAACGGAGCACGAGACCCUGGAAGGAGAAGACCAAAACCCAGAGCCAGACGAAGAACAGGAGGAGCCAGAAGAAGAACAGGAAGAAGGCAGCGGCAAAAAACGGAUAGUGCCUGGAAUUGUUUACCUAGGUCACAUCCCGCCGCGCUUUCGGCCCCUGCACGUACGCAACCUUCUCAGCGCCUACGGUGAGGUCGGGCGAGUUUUUUUCCAGCCGGAGGAUGGAUUUGUGCGGCGGAAGAAGAAGAAGGCAGCAGCCAAGGCUGCUGGAGAAAAGAAGAAAUCCAAGUACAGCAAGGACUACACCGAGGGCUGGGUGGAGUUUCGGGACAAGCGUGUGGCCAAGCGCGUGGCGGCCAGUUUGCACAACACGCCCAUGGGCGCCCGGCGGCGCAGUCCUUUCCGAUAUGACCUAUGGAACCUCAAGUACCUGCAUCGUUUCACCUGGUCCCAUCUUAGCGAACACUUGGCUUUUGAGCGCCAGGUACGUCGGCAGCGCCUGAGGGCCGAGGUUGCCCAGGCCAAGCGUGAGACUGACUUCUAUCUUAAAAGUGUGGAACGUGGAAAACGCUUCCUCGCUGCUGAUGGAGACCCUACUCGUCCUAAUGGCUCUUGGAACUUUGCCCAGCGCCCGACAGAGCAGGAGCUGAGGGCUCGGAAGGCAGCCAGGCCAGGGGGUCGCGAAAGGGCUCGUCUGGCUACUGUCCAGGACCAAGCUCGCUCUAACCGAGGGCUUCUUGCCAAGAUCUUUGGUGCCCCACAGCCUUCAGCUGGCACAGAUGGACCAUCGACGUCAAGGGACUCCUGA